UAUAAAUAAUGCAGUCCAAAACCAAUGAAGUUUCAAUUCAUACCUCAAAGAAGAUAAAGCCGAUUUCUGAGAGUUCAUUUUAUAAAUCAAACGACCAGUCAGGCAAAUAGACAGGUGCUAAGGAUCAAGGUGGAAACCUUCUAUCUCACCAACUUUUGGGGACGAACAUUUGAGCGGUGAAUCGGAGCAUCAAGUUUUAUCAUCUCAAUACUUUUUGUAGUACUCUUGUACUUCGACAAUGAGCCUCCGAAUUGGUUCAGAGCAGUGAAUUUUGUCAUGAUCUGUACACUGAUCUUUGACUUAAUCGUGAGGUUCUAUAUUUCAACCCACAGAAUUCCUUUCUUGUACUCUAGGGAUUGCCUAGUAGAUUUUUUUGUUAUAGUCCCAAUAUUUAUGCCAGGUGGAAAUGGAGAUACAUACAUCUUCUUUGAGUCUACCAGCUUUAUCCUCAGAAGCGUUAUCGGGAGUAGAAUCUUAAUCAAGAAUUUUAGAAUAGGAGAAACAGAAGUUUCUAGACAAAUUGUCACCAUCUUAAUUACUUUGAGCCUAGUUGUAUAUAUUGCAGCAGGAAUGAUCAUGAUUUCUGAAAAUUUGAACAGAGAAGAUGACAAUAAACUUCAAUUUCAUCAAGCUAUUUAUUUUGUUAUUGUAACUCUUGCCACUGUUGGGUAUGGAGAAAUUUACCCUGACACUGAGCUUGGAAAGAUAUUUGUCAUUUGAGUUAUGAUUGUGACAAUUGUAAUCAUUCCGAGACAAACAAGUGAAUUGCUCAGACUUCUAGAACUUCAAAGUGUUUAUGCAAGAGCUAUCUAUAAAUCUAAUUUAGAAAUUCCUCAUAUAAUCUGCACUGGGAAAGUAACUUUAGAUGCUCUGAAAAAUUUCUGAGAUGAGCUAUUUGAUGACGAUCAUGGGAUAACAACACGAAACUUAGUAAUUUUACAACCAGGAGACCCAAACUCUGCAUGAGAGUUGUUCCUGAAUGGGACAAAGCUUAAGUACGAAAUUUUCUUAACAUUUCUGAAUGGCGAUCCUUUGACAAAAGCUGGUUUAAAGAAAUGAGAUUUGCAUAAAUCUAAGGAUUGAAUAAUACUCACAAAUAAAAACUCUCGCGAUCCACAGUCAUCAGACCAUAAGAAUAUUCUCAUCGCCUUAGCUGUAAAGAAGUAUGUAUUUGAGGCAAAUAAGGAUAACAGAAAAACUAUCAGGCUCUGAAUUCAAUUGAUCAAACCUGAGAGUAAGAUACAUUACAUGUCUUCUUUGAAGAUACCAUCAAAAGACCAGCUGAUCAUUGUAGAGGAAAUCAAGAUGAAUCUCUUAGCAAAGUCUUGCUUUGCACCUGGAUUAAUCGCCUUACUUUCCAACCUUACCAGUUCCCGAGCAGGCUAUGACAGCGACCUGGAGAAGAAAGAUUGGAUGAAAGACUGGCUGAAGGACUACAUGAUGGGCAUGGACUAUGAAAUCUAUCGUACAUCUCUUAACCCUAACUUUGAAGGGCUUUCCUUCAAAGAAAUUGCUAAGAUAAUAUACAAGGAGUUUAGCAUAAUUGCGUUUGCGCUUGGAAUUGAGUCUCAAGAUCAAUCAGUUGUUGUCUUGAACCCAGUCAACUUCAGAUGUGAAGACAUGAAGAACAAUAAGUAUUAUAUCUUUAUCAUCACUGAGGGUCCCUCUGGAGUUGAGAAGACAGAGACCUUAAGAGGUAUCUCGAGGGAUAAUAAAUAAAAGAUAUUUUGGAAACAAGAAACAGCAGUAUAUCAGCAAAGAAAUCAACUUUGACCAACAAGACAGGAAGGAAUCUGAAGAUGAGCUUGGUGAAUAUGUCAACUUUGAUAUUAAUGAUGACACUGAGUUUUCGUAUUUUAAACUUAACAAAGCCCAGUCCCAGAUGGAUGCCACUGUGACAACCUCUCUUAAGAAUGAUAAGAAGAUUAAGAAUCAUAUUGUAGUUUGAGGAAUACAUUGCUCUAUAAAGCAUUUCAUAUUGCCCUUAAGAGCUAGUUAUCUCCAGGAUUAUCAGCACAUUGUCAUUGUGUCUCAAGGCUCAAUUCCGUUAAAUAUCUGGGAUGAGAUUAAGAAAUUCCCAAUGAUUCAUUUAGUCAAUGGAAGCCCACUCGAACAAGAGUCAUUGAUUAAAGCAAAUAUAUUGAAUGCAGAUAAAGCAGUGAUUCUUGGGCAUGAUCCUACUCUAAAAACAAAUCUCCAUGAUGAAAUGCUGGAUGCUCAGAGUAUUUUUAUUUACAAGGCUAUUAAAAAGCUGAACCCUGAGUUACCAAUUAUUACAGAGUUGGUGUAUGAAUCAAAAAUAGAUUUUCUUUUACCAAAGAAAAACAAGCAUAAAAUUUAUACUCUUUCCACUCUUUUUGCAUCAGGAAUGGUGUAUAUCUCUGCGAUUAUUGAUACGAUCACCGCUCAGAGCUAUCAUAACCCACAUAUUGUUUCAUUACUGAACUUAAUCCUCAAGGGAACUGAACGAGAUAGGAAAACGGCUAAAUGGUUGAAGACUUUCCAGAAUUUGACUCAUGCAAAUCUAUGGCAAAUCCCGGCUCCUGAAGGCUUAUAUAAUAAGUCUUUCAGUGAGCUGUUCCUCCAUUUACUUGAAAAAGGGCUGAUUGCUAUUGCUCUUUACAGGCUCCCAGGGGCAACUGACAACAAAUCUCCAUAUGUAUGGACUAACCCUGAAGGAGCAACUAUUACUAACCAAGAUAGAGUCUUUGUAUUCGCUGAUAAAAUCCCGAAAGAUUUGAACAUUCAUUCAGAAGAAUUUGAGGCAAAUGAUAAUAAUGAACAUGAAAGGAAUCAAUAUAACAUUUUUGGCCACAGAUCUGAAGGAGAUAUUGUCAAAAAUUAUUACGGAGAGGAAUUCGAAACAAUAGAUGAAGACUCUAAAUAUCCUUCCGAUUCAAGUCAAAGUUCUGAAGAGGAGCCUGUUUCAGCUACAAGGUCAGGCAGGACCUCUCCUCAGAUUCUUUUCUCGAACCUUGGCGGUGCUACCGACACUGCUCUCAAAGAAGAUAAAAUAAAAGACAUAGCUUCGCCUGAUAUCGAAGAGACAAAAGACAUCAGAACUCCCAAUGACUCCACCUCCAAAAUAAGUGGAGGGAACAAGGGAGGGACGAACCAUGACACCCGUAAAACAUUGGAUAGCACUAGUAAGAACACCCAAAACUUCGAGAUGAACCCAGUCCUGUCCUCCUUAGCCACCACCAAAAUGAUAAUUCCUUAGACCAGAACAUCCUUUCUAAAAUCCGGAGGUGAAUGGAUAACCAGAAGGAAGAAAUCCGGAAACAGAUUGAAGAGACGACUAGAGAUUUCUUAAAGAACAACCCCAAUUUCCUUA